UUGUCCAGUGUUGUGGUGUUGUGUAGGAUGAGAUCUGAGAAGAUAAAUUAACAGCAACUACGGUGUGAAGAAGAAGCAUGGCGGAAGAGCCUCUACUCCCACGCAGCAGCCAUUCGACUUCCUCUUCCCGUCUCAUCCUGAUCAUCGCCUCCAUGUCCCUGGCAGCAGCAUUCAUCCUCGCACUCUACUUCUCAUCCACCUCCUCCUCCCUCCUCCCCCACCCCGUCGUCAUCCUCAUCUCCUCCGACGGCUUCCGCUUCGGCUACCAACACAAAACCCCCACCCCUAACAUCCACCGCCUCAUCCUCCACGGCACCGAAGCCCUCACCGGCCUCAUCCCCGUCUUCCCCACUCUCACAUUCCCCAACCACUACUCCAUCGUCACCGGCCUCUACCCUCCCCACCACGGCAUCAUCAACAAUUUCUUCUUCGACCCCCUCACCGGUGAAAAAUUCACCAUGAGCACCCACGAUCCCAAGUGGUGGCUCGGCCACCCCCUCUGGGAAACCGUCGCCGCCCACAACCUCACCGCCGCCACCUACUUCUGGCCCGGCUCCGAGGUUCACAAAGGCCCAUGGGCCUGCCCUCCACGCUACUGCCAGCCCUACAAUGCUUCUGUUCCCUUUGAAGACAGAGUCGACACCGUUUUGGGGUAUUUCGACCUACCUGCUCAUCAAGUUCCUUCCUUUAUCACUCUCUACUUCGAGGACCCUGACCACCAGGGUCACCUCGUUGGACCCGACGAUUCCGAAAUCACCAACGCUGUCUCCAGAAUCGACACCAUCAUCGGGAGGCUCAUUCAGGGUUUGGAACAGAGAGGGGUUUUCGACGAGGUUCAUCUCAUCAUGGUCGGAGACCAUGGGAUGGUUGGUACUUGCGAUAAAAAGCUCAUCUUUUUGGACGAUUUGGCUCCUUGGGUCGACAUUCCAAAAGAAUGGGUUCACUAUUACACUCCAAUUCUCUCUAUUCGUCCACCUUCUUCUGUUGAUGCUGCUCGUGUUGUUGAGAAAAUGAAUCAAGGGUUGAACUCUGGGAAAGUUGAGAAUGGGGAGAAAUUGAGGGUUUUUUUGAAGGAGAAUUUGCCCGAGAGGCUUCAUUAUUCAGACAGUGAUCGGAUUCCGCCUAUAAUUGGUUUGGUUGAGGAGGGUUACAAGGUUGAGGCCACGAGGACCGGUAACAAAGAGUGUGGGGGUGCGCAUGGUUAUGACAAUGCGUUUUUCUCCAUGAGGACUAUUUUCAUUGGACGUGGUCCUAGGUUUGCAAGAGGGAGGAAGAUACCCUCCUUUGAGAAUGUUCAGAUUUAUAAUUUGGUUACUUCCAUUCUCAACAUUCAGGGUGCGCCUAACAAUGGAUCUGCCUCCUUUCCCAACUCUGUUCUCCUGCCUAGUGCAUAAAUGAAAGCUCCAAACUUAGAUACGGGUUAUAUAGGUAUUUCUUGUGUUGUUUUUGGUUAGAAUUAGAGAUUUCUCUAGAUAAUAUAUGAAUGAAAAUGGAUUCUUCAAUUUUGAUUGAAAAACAACAUCAAAAAUACCUAUGAAACUAUGUCUAAGUUUUGCCCUGAAUAGAACUUAGUAUUAGAUGGCCAAGCAAGCUGCAUGAGAUUUAAGUGAGCUCUUUAGGGUAGAUGCUCUGAAAUAAGAACACGAUGAGAUGAGAUGUUGCAGAAGGAAUAGGUGUAAUGUAUCAUUUCCUUGGCUUAAACUAAUUUUAGUCCGAAAUUUGCUUUGAUUUUUCGUAUCUGUUGAUGGGCCCUCCUUGUUUCA